CCUUAUGAAGGACUGUAGAAUCAAAUAUCUUGACGUGUCAUUAGAAUUUGUUUACACAUAAUUUAAAUGAAUUUUUAUCCACUUAAUAAUUUUUUCUACAUUUUAAAUAAAAAAUGUUAAAUAUUAAACAUCGAACGAUAAAAUUUUAAUUUUAAUUUAACUGCCAAAUGAAUCAGGUGCUGCUGUUUGCUUUAUAAUUAUGGAAACUGCGGAAAAUAAUUCGAAUAAGGAAGAAAUUUCUUCGAAAAAUUACAGAAUUGACGGGCAAAGAAAUAAAACGGAUUUAAUAGAAAAAACAAUAUUAGAGGAAAAUGUCGAAAAGAAAAUACUUUCUUUAAAGCAUUUAUUGGAAAAAGAUCCAAAGUCUGCAGACCUUAAAUGGUCUUUAUUUAUCGCAGCCAGUCAUACUUAUCGAUAUGACACUUGUCUCAAACCAUUUCCUCCAAUGUAUAUAAGGAAAGAAUGCAAGGACAUUGAUGCUUUAAGAAAAACACUAGAAACAAUUCCUCCUUUAAGUAUAAUUUAUCAUGAACUCAAUGAGCCAAAUGUUUAUGAAAAUUAUGGUCCAGCUAUAGAUUUAUUAUAUUGGUUAUUAGUAAAAUUACGAGAUCCUCAUAUGAAAAGUGUUAGCAAAGAAAGUUUUGAAACAGUAUUGAAGAAAGUCCCAUCGGAAAUGCAAGUAGCUCCACCAAAUUUAAUUUUCCAAAUCGCUAGUAUGAAACAUUCCACAUCAGAGGAAAAAUGGCAAACAGCAGCCAGAGGUCAUGCCACAUUUUAUGCCUAUCAUGGCAGUCGACUAGAUAAUUUUCAUUCCAUUUUACAUUAUGGUUUACAACAAAACAUGUGCAAAAAUCCUCUGUUUGGCAAUGGAAUUUAUUUAUCCAGUGAAUUAGGAGUCAGUUUACCAUACAGUCCUGUUGGUUACGGCUGGGGUGGUAGUCUUCUUGGCAGCAAAAUGAGUUGUGUUGCACUUUGUGAACUAAUUAAUCAUCCUGGCGUAAAACGAGGAGAUUCCGCUGAGAAGGGAAGGAGUGUGAUACCAGAUGCUGUUGGUGGGAAGGUACCAAACAAAUAUUACGUAGUAACCAACAGUGAUUUAGUUCGAAUUCGCUAUCUACUUGUCUACAGUCAAGAAUUUAAUUCGUCAAGAGAGUCAAACAAAACAGGCGUGCUCGCAUGGUUCCGAAAACACAAACUACUGACAUUCGUACUUGGUUACGUCGUCUUAUUAGCUUCUGUUGGUUUAACACAUAAUAAACAUGUCGAAAAAUAUUUAAAAUUAUUUAUACAAAGAGCAGGCUUCGAAUAGGAAAAUUAUUUUUACCAAAAUUUUUGUACUUAACGACUAUUUACAAUAUAAAUAAAUAUUACCGUUUUUUAAA